GCGCGGUCGCCGUACGUUCCACUCACUCAUCGCGGGAGCCGGGGAGGUGGGUCCCAGCCAUGGCUGCUGUGAACCCUUGGGAUCCCGCGUCCGCUCCGAGUGCUGCCGGGCUACUGCUGGGCCAUUUAGUUGCUUCGGGGGUGGUCACUCAGGAGAUGUUAAAUAUAUCCAAGAAAUCAGCUUCCUACUUUGCAAACUUCUCCAGACUACAGCAGAUCACAGAUAUUGAAGCUGAAAUCUACCAGAAAAACUUGGAAAUUGAACUUUUAAGACUAGAAAAAGAUACAGCAGAUGUUGUUCAUCCUUCCUUUUUGGCUCAGAAGUGUCAUACUCUGCAAAGCAUGAAUAAUCAUUUGGAAGCGGUGCUAAAAGAGAAGAGGUCCCUCAGGCAAAGACUGUUGAAACCCACGUGCCAGGAAAACUUGCCUAUUGAAGCUGUUUAUCACAGCUGUAUGGUACAUUUGCUGGAAUUGGCAGUAACUUUCAUUGAAAGAUUGGAAAACCAUCUUGAAACAAUUAAAAAUAUCCCUCAUUUAGAUGAAAAUCUAAAGAAAAUGAGUAUGGCUUUAGCAAAAAUGGAUAUGUUGGUGACUGAGACAGAAGAACUGGCAGAGAAUAUACUCAAGUGGCGAGAACAACAAAAGGAAGUUUCCUCUUCUAUCCCCAAAAUACUAGCAGAAGAAAAUUAUCUUCAUAAACAUGAUGUUGUAAUGCCUUCUUUACCUUUUACUUCUAAAGUUCAUGCCCAAACUGUUAAUGCCAAGUGACUUGUCAACUUUAUUUUUGCCUAGUUGUAUGUAUUACGUGAAGUCUAUUUCUAGCCAGUUGUAAUAUGGGCAUGUAUAAGCUCUGCCGCUAGCAGUACUGAAAGAGCCCUCUUUAUAUUGAAGCAGUAAGAGUCCAAGUUCAUUGAGACCAAAUUGAGUUUUCCUUUGUUUUUCAUAUAUUUUCAUUAUACUUUACAGUAAAACUCUUGAAAAUCAAAUAUAACUAUGAGUUUAUUAA